AUGCCAGAAAAUAAUCACAAUCUAUUAAGAAGAGCUGAUACCACUGAUACUGGUAACGAUAACAACAACAACGACAAUAAUAAUAAUGAUAAUAACAAUAACAACGACAAUAAUAACGAUAAUAAUCAAGGAACGUCGAAAGAUAUUCCUGUAGUGUCACAACAUGCUGAAUCAUCCAAAGACAUCCCAGUAGUAUCUCAGUUUGUAUCGGGUGAAAAAGACCAGAACACUAAGACUACUGAGACUACCACUGGGGAUGAUAAAACUGCGACUACAGCUAAGAAAACUGGUAAGGAAACGAAAGAAACUGGGACUGGCACUGAAACCGAUUCAAAAACUGGUAAAGAAACGAAUAAAAAAACCACUACCGCUAAAACUUCAAAGAAGACUGUUUCUUCAACCACGUCAACAUCAAUUUCCAUUGAUCCUCGUUUACCUCCCGGUGGAAUCAGUAUGGUAAUUCCGAAUCCUACUAGUGUGACGACAACAUAUGUCAAGAUUGGUCAAACUGCAACCUUCGAAUGGGCAUAUACUUCACUAAUUAUCACACCCAAAGAAAUUGAUGUUCUUGCAUAUUGUUCAACGAACUCUGAGACUUAUACUGUGACUAAGGGGAUGCCCGCUAAAGAAACAAAAAUCGAAUGGGAUACUAAAGAGUGGGCUGCAAAUAAUACGAUAAACCUUAUGACAUCUCAGUACACCCUAUAUGUCCUUGACUCAGCAAGUAAUACGUCUGCGUUUCCACAAGCUGGCAAGUUGGACACAUUCCAAUAUCCAUUUGCUAUGUAUUUACCCCAAUCUUACACCCCGUGGUCUAAGGAUGGUUCGUAUGUCAAUGAAGCACCUCUUAUGGAGCCUAGCGUUGCCAAAUGGCUCAUGGCCCUUGUCGCCAUUGCUACAUACACUGCAUUUCACAUUAUUAUAACCUAG